GAGAGCGAGCGAGCGAGCGAGCAAGCGCGUCACAAGCUCAUGGGGGGGAAAUCAAGAGGGCGAAAACGGCUCGUGGACACAAUGGAUUCGCGAACAGAAGAAUUUUGCGUUGAUUAAAACACAGAGUCUUCGAUGAACACGAGAAACAAGAAGUGGAAGCAGAGGGCUAUGCCAUUUCUGCUCAUCUUUAGUGCUGUUUGAUUAACCAUGAUGAAGACUGAACCCCCAUCUGCAGCCAGUGGCAGCACUACCACCACCCUCGUAGUGCGAAGCGCAUCUCCGCACAGAAAUGCCUAUGAGGCUGGAAUUCAAGCUCUUAAGCCAGUAAAAAAUCCCAGUGCUGCAAAUGGAGAGGAUGGGAAACCUCGACCACAGGGCCGGGGCCGCAGGUACGGCUCCAAUGUGUACCGCAUCAAGAACAUGUUCAUGCAGAUGGGUUCUCCUGGGGAUGAAGAGGAUCCAUCGAAGGCUAAAGCUCAAGACCAGGCGGUGCGACUGUCCCUCCCCAGAGCCAGCAGUCUGAAUGAGAAUGUGGACCACAGUGCGCUACUGAAACUCGGCGGAACUGUGUCAGAACGGGUUAGCCGCUUUGAUGGAAAGACUGAUGGUAGCGCCACCCAUGGGACAAACGCAGGUUUAUCCAAGCUUCAGGAAACACGGAAGAUCUUUGAACAACGUCAUCUCCAGGAGAAGCAGGCCGCAACUAACCGGAUCCUGUUAAAGAAAGAGCGGGCAUCAGGAUUCCAAGAUAGCCGUCUGGAUGUUGUGGUUCGCUUUAAUGGCAGUACUGAAUCAUUGGACAGGAUGGACACAGGAGACUAUCCCGCAGAAGCAGUGUCCCCUACGGUUAGCCAGCUGAGUGCUGUGUUUGAAAAAGCAGACCAGCGUAACAACCUCCACCGACCGUCCUCAACUUCCCCACUGCCCUUUCACAGUGUAAGCCCUACCCCGAGCAAAAUCGAAGGAAUAAACUCCAAAAUCAUCUCCAGAAAGGUGCGGGCCUUACCUACAACAGGGAAUCAAGAAGAAGGAGCUCAGCAUAAAGACCAGGAGGCUGGACUUGAGAGUCUGAAGACUAGGACAGCUACCCAAUCUGAGGAUGUCACCGCAGGUACAGAUCUAGAUAAUUCCAGGUCAGAGGAGAUCCAGGACGAGGUAAAGGAGUCCAAACCUGGUGAGCAUGCAGGAUCCAUCGUGCUAGAUGCAGGGAGUAGACUGGUGGAGGCGGAUGUCCAUGCCUCUCUGGAAAAUGGGGAGGCCACCAGCAGCCAUGAGCCUUCAGAACAAAGAGAGGAAAUUGGACAGCCAGCAGGAGAGGCCUGCACUGAGGAGGACUUGCACAAAGAGGAUAUCUCUGAAGCUGACCUGGUUGACAUCAGCGCGUACAGCGGCAUCGGAGAGGACUCUGGCGGUAGUCAGCUGGAUGAGGAUGAGGAGGCAGAAGAUGAUGAUGCUUACGAACCAGAAUCCAGCUGUUCAGAAGUCCCCGGGCUGCCAGUAGAAGAUGAACCACCCCCUAGCAGGAAGAUUCGUUUCAGUACAAACCCUAUCAAGGUUUUCACCACAUACUCAAAUGAGGACUACGACAGGCGCAAUGAUGAGGUUGACCCAAUGGCAGCCUCAGCUGAGUAUGAACUGGAGAAGAGAGUGGAGAGACUGGAUCUAUUCCCCGUUGAGCUGGAGAAAGAUAAAGAUGGACUGGGAAUCAGCAUCAUCGGAAUGGGCGCAGGUGCAGACAUGGGCCUGGAAAAACUCGGUAUCUUCGUCAAGACGGUCACAGAGGGAGGAGCCGCCCAUCGAGAUGGAAGGAUCCAGGUGAAUGACCUGAUAGUAGAGGUAGACGGAACCAGCCUGGUGGGCGUGACCCAGAAUUUUGCAGCGUCAGUCCUGAGGAAUACCAGCGGAACUGUCAAGUUUAUGAUUGGCCGGGAGAAGCCAGGGGAGCAGAGUGAGGUGGCCCAGCUGAUCCAGCAGACACUGGAGCAGGAGAGAUGGCAGAGAGAAAUGAUGGAGCAACGCUACAACCCCUACAUGGAGGAGGACGAAGAGACGGGUGAGUAUGCCACAGAUGAGGAAGAUGAGAUGAGCCCCAUGUUUCCCAAUGCCAUCGAGGUGUUUGACCUGGCAGAGAAUGAGGACAUGCUUUCGCCUGUGGAGAUGGACCCAGAGAAACUUACACACAAGUUUAAGGAGCUCCAGAUAAAGCAUGCUGUGACCCAAGCUGAGAUUCAGCAGCUCAAGAGAAAGCUGGCUCAUGCUGAGCAGGAUAAGCUGCGCUGGCGGAUGGAGAGGGCUCAGUUGGAGCAGACGGUGAGGGAGAAUAAAGAGCGGAUGGAGAAGUUGGAGGGGUAUUGGAUGGAGGCUCAGAGCUUGUGCCAAGCAGUGGACGAGCACCUGAAAGAAACGCAGGCGCAGUACCAGGCACUGGAGCGCAAAUAUAGCAAAGCCAAACGCCUCAUCAAAGAGUAUCAGCAGAAAGAGAUUGAGUAUUUAAAAAAGGAAACUGCCCAGCGCAGAUCACAAGAGGAAUUCGAUGCCUGUCACAAGGUGGAGACAGAAAAUCUCCAGGAGAAGAUUACUGAUUUAGAGUCAAAGGUUGGUGCCCUGAAGAAUCUGGAGCCUUCGUAAGUCUCCGGCUUCAGAAAAGAUGGAGAGAACGAAAGAAACGCCUUCAACCCUGCCCACUCUACCCUCCGACCACAUUUUCCCUCCAUGGCCUGAAGCUGAACUGAUGAACAGGAAUCAUGAUGAGGGGGUGUUACCGGGGACAAAGAGGGAACAAACAAACACUGUACUAGAUGCCUGAGGGACAUCAACCCAAUAGCCCAAGAGGAGGCCCUUUUUAUACAUCCAUUUAGUCAUGUUUUCCUUAUUUCUGUUUAAGCACCCUCACAAGUAUUAUGAGCCUCUCUGCAGUCAGUAGGAAUGUAGAACAGUAAAUGAACACAACUCAAAUGCUUGCAUCAAAAAACAAAAACCGUGUACUUCCGGUCUUAAUCAGUGGAGGAUUGGAGUGAGGGGUGUUCUGUAUAGCAGUGAUUGACAAGAGGACUGUUUGUAUAUAUUCUUGCAUAUAUUUAAAUAUUGAAAAUGCUUAAGCAAAGUGCUGGGGGGAGGAGAGGGGGUAAGGGCUUUACCUUUUUCACAUAUAGGCAAAUAAUACAGUGAAAAUGGUCCAUAAAUUUUUUUUUUUUUUUUUGCAUGGCAAAAGAGAUGUUUUCAGAUAAUUUAUUUUUCCUUUUAAGAACAAAAUUGGCAAACAGGGUGAGAAAUGUGUAAGCUUGAUAUUUAGAGUUAGCAUUCAGGGGCUUCUAAUGUUUGCUUUCUGUAACAAAACAACACGUUUAUGAAAUGAAUAGGGGCUUAUGAGUAAUGGUUUCUUCAAAGAGAAAACAUCACAUUUAAACUCUUAUUGGGUACAAUGCUUAUGUGAAACUCAGAACCGUUCAGAGGUACCGUAUGCCUCUCACCUCUGGUCUCUGUUACAUUACAGUUAUGAGACUAUACAGUACAUUCAGAUAAGAAUUCUGCACCAAUCAGACAUAUGUGUAUUGCUACCCAAACUGUUUCAUCAGCCCUCGCUGUUAACCCAGUCUUUUAGUGUGUUUACAGAUAUAUUGGUCUCUGGAGUCUGUGUUAAGUGCAUUCAGAUUGCACUGCAGAGAGCCCUGGAGAAUCCUCAUUUUUUAUGCCUGUUGGCUGUCCUCCUUUUUUGAUUGAUUCAGUAUUAUCAUUCCAUUAACUGCUAUGUGGAAUGUCCUUUUUGUUAUUAAGUGGUAUUAAGAGUCACUUUUGUCUUCAAUGUUUUAACCGCAGAUGUUUAAAUGUGUUUAAUUUUAUUUUUAAGUCAUACUCCUGGGAAAACUGGAAUUUUAACACAACAAUUGAUGGAGAACUUUUGAGGAGGGAAUUCACAAAGAAUGAAUUGCGGCCAGUAAAAGCGCUGUUUACUGGCACGCACACUCUGCGCUGGCAAUUCACUGAAGGAAUUAUGCAGAUCAGGCAAACGUGCAAUCGCGCCCACAAAAUCUGUCCUGAACGCAUGAUGCAGCAUGGUUUGCAUGAUGCAGCUUUUUGCGCUGAAGUACCACAUGCAAAAGUGCUGUAGCUGUUUAGUGAAUUCACCCCUGAAUCUUUGAGGGUAUGCCUCACCUUGUUGUGUCAGGACCUGCUUCUGCAACACAAAUUGAAAUCCGCAGAACUAGUCUCAACUCGGAUUGAUAACUCAACCAAGUUAAGAGAUAUUGGGCAUCAUUCAUAAUACACAAGCAGAAUGAAUUUCUGUGUAAAUUGUCUGUAAAACCAAAUUGUCGCACCAAAAAAACUGGCAACAAAUUUUAAUUAGGGAUGUCCUGAUACCAUUUUUUUGAGAACGAGUUUGAUUACUGAUACUUCCUUUUCGGUUCUCCCGAUACCAAUAGCUGUUUAUUUAUACAUAUAUAUAUAUAUAUAUAUAUAUAUAUAUAUAUAUAUAUAUAUAUAUAUAUAUAUAUAUAUACAUAUAUAUAUAUAUAUAUAUAUACAUAUAUAUAUAUAUAUAUAUAUAUGUAUGUAUAUUCUGAAUUCCAUAUCAACAGUUUAAAUUAUAUCAUUAAAAUCGUGUCUAAAUAAAUACAUUAAUUAAAACUUUUUAAUCAAAUGAAAAUAGAGCAAUUAGUUUUCAAUAUAAUGUUGUAUUAAUUUUCUCAAAUGUAGUGCUUUUAUACAGAACAUCACGGCACAAUCCAAAAUACCACAGUGGAGUUAUUUUUGUCACAUAAAAUAACAGAGCAUCACAGACAUGGCAUAACAACAGGGAGUGCAGGGUGGACAGGACCCGAGGUGAGAGGGGGUUUGCGGUUUAAUAAUCACACUAGAGCAUAAUGUGAUUUUAAUUUGUGCGAUGAAUGACAUUCGUAUGUCGGAUGGUUUAGUUUUUUGGUAUCGGAGCAUUUUUACAAGCCCGAGUACAAGGACCAGAUUCCGAUACAGUAUCAGUAUCGUGACAUCCUUUUAUAGCAUUAAACUUUCUUUUGUCACAUUCUGCAACAAUCACAGGAAAAUGGUUUACAAUUUACACAAAUUCAAUGUCUCGUUUAAUGAAUGAGGCUCACUGAUUUGAGUACAGAUAAACAUUCCCAAAUUAUUGACUAUUUACCUGAGCAGUGUUGAGAAUUCAUUCUUGAGAGAGAAUUUAUUUAAUUUGAUCUGAUAACUGUUUUGUUCUCCUCUGUGUUGGUCCUCUUGUGUAAAUCAAAGAAGUCCUUCCAUUUUGUUUCAAAAGCUUCAAGUAUAUGUUUUUUAUACAAGAAACUCUGAACCAUUGUGAAGUAUUGAAACCCCUUGUGAUUAUCAGGGUUUCUUACCCUUUCUUUCCCCAAAGUGUUUUAUUGUUGUCAUAGACAUCAGCUGCUCUCAAAAUUUUACAUUUCUACAGAUUUCUUUUAAUAGUACAAGUCAUCACGUAUUUUCCAUGUUUUGAAAGUGUUGAAUGCUGAUAUCUGCAUCCCAGCAACAGGACAAUGUUUUAAUGAUAGAAAGUACAACACAGAUGAUAAGAAUCUUAAUUAUGGUAUUCUGAGGGCAGUUCUGGCAUCUUUUGAAUGUUGAUCAUCCUAAUCUGUAAUUAGCCUGAGUAUGUUUAUGUCCAGUUUUGUCUUCAAAGUUACCUUAAAGAUUUUUUCAAGCAAGAGAGUACAAGCUCUGACUGGAAACUUUUUCUUCUUCUUUUUCCACUAACCAUGGGACUAUCAUCUGCAUUUAGAAGAUGAUUACUGCUCUGAAAGCCAUUUUAAAGCCAUCAACCAAGUGCAGACCAUUUUCCUGAGAAAUACCUCCAUUUUAAGGAUAUUGGAUCAUUCCACAAUGGUUGAUGCCAUGGUAAAUCUAAAAACACAGACCCAUUUUGAGGGCUUUUUUCAUUCUGGUCAGUUGCACAACCUCAAGGAAACCAUCAUCUUUAAAGAACAGCACCAUCAUAUUUGCUGUGUACAUCAGUGUUUUAACACGCUGGCUAGUACACAACAACCUUGUGUGUGGAUCUCUGGAUAAUGGCAAAGUUAUAUAUGAAAACAUUAAAUUUUUUAUCCCUGUGCGUUAUACUGUAGAAACAAGCGUGUUAUGGUGGAAACAUAAAGAUAGAACACUUUGAAUCUUGUCAGUGCUUAAAAUUAAAUUUCACACGUUUAGCAUAGCUUAGCUUAUCUGCUGCCUUUAAUGAAAUGAAUUUGCUUCCAUGUACAGGAAAGGACUUGGUGUUGCUCUCCUCACUUUUUGGUGUAAUAGUUGCUUCCUCUUUAUAUUUGGUGUCUAAUAAAGUGAACACAGAAUAACCUUCGUUUGAAGUUAUUACAUUGUGCUGGCGUUGAACAAGCAUUUACAACUCAAUAACAUGUAAUUGAGUAAUUACGGUGCAUUUAAAGAAUUAUGAGCACAUUUGUUUGACACCUAACGUAAAGCUGAAAUGCCACUUAUUUUAUGUUGUUUUACACUCGACUCCAUUUCCUCUGUAUUGAUUUUACUUUCUUCUUCUUUUACCCCUGCCAUGUAAAUUGCUACCACAUGAACCUGAGGAAGGUGUUCUUCAUUUGAAGCAUCAUCAUCAUCUUGCAUAAUUACUGUCAUUAAAAAUAAAUGCAGAAAUGUGCUGAUAAACUGUC